AGAGAGAGAGAGAGAGAGAGAGAGAGAGACACGCUCUUCCAGGAAGGAUUAUUAAGCUGCCGACAUGUGAAGGAAAACACUCGCAGACAAAAGAAGUUUUCACACCGACAGCCGCGCUAUGGACCCGGCCUGCACAUAGAGACAGAAAAGACAAGAAAAGCCCGGCAGAGAAGCGGGAUUCAUGAGAAAAACAACUUCUUCUCCCACCAGCAGAAGCCGAGGAGCGGGCGGACCGCUGCAGCUGUGCGGAGAGGCGCGGAGAUAAAAGAGAAAAGCGCUGCGUAAAAGUGGACGGAGAGAAGAAGUUGACGGGAGAUCAUGUCUGAAUCCUCCUCCGCUGCGAGCAAGCAGGAGAGGAGCUCUUUCAGUCCUUCCGCGAACCCGCUGCCAAACUCCACUUCCUCCCCCGUCCAUGCUCCCGCCGCGAGGCCAGCCAGCCGAAUGGAGGACGAGCCUGCCAAGCUGCCUGCGCACCUGCGUCUGCAGCCGGUGUUCUGGAGUCGGGAGGACGUGGCCCAGUGGCUGCGAUGGGCCGAGAAGGAGUUCGCCCUGCGGCCGAUCACCAGCGGCUCUUUCCAGAUGAACGGCAAAGCCCUGCUGCUGCUCACCAAGGAGGACUUCCGCUACCGAUCCCCCCACUCCGGAGACGUCCUCUAUGAGCUGCUGCAGCACAUCCUGAAGCAAAGGAAGUCUCAUGUGUUUUACCCGUCCGCUUACUUCCCUGGGAACUCCUUCCAUUCGCUGCACGAACACGGCGUGCCGCACGUGAAGCUCGAAGAAACGGUACGGCGAGGACCACGUGGUACAGAACCCAUCCCCCAGCAUCCACCAACCAUCGAACUGCGACACCGCUCCCGCUCCCCCCACCACACGACCCCACGACGUUCCCCUCCAGACCCCAACCACCCUCGCUCCGCCAACGAGGACUCCCACCAGACCUUCUCCCAGCUGCCUGACAGCAACCACCACCUGCCGGAGGAGAUGUACCCUCUGUCGGUGUCCCCGAUUGCACCAAACGGCCGCUGUGCGACGCCCCGAGAUGCCCCCUGCCCGGGCAGUCCCGGGGCCCAGGAGGCUGGCCCUCCUCGAGUCAUCCAGCUCAUGCCCAGCGCCAUCAUGAACCCUCUGCUGCUCAGCCCCAGCCGGAGUGGUGGAGGUGGAGGUGGAGGUGGCACAGACUUCAGGCACAGCCGAGGAGGACCUCCGACCCAGGCGACACUGGAGAACGGUCGUGAAGAGAAAGCCUAUGGACAUCACAAUCAGCUGGCUCAGCAGCAACAGCAGCAGCAUCUACUGCAGCAGCAGGAGGCGCUAUACAGGAACCACGUCAUCAUGCCGGUGUCGCCUCCAGAGGAGCAGCAGAUGCCCAUCGGACGGAUAGCGGACUGCAGGCUGCUGUGGGACUACGUCUACCAGCUCCUGUCGGACAGCAGGUACGAGAACUACAUCCGCUGGGAGGAUCCGGAGAACAAAGUCUUCCGCAUCCUGGACCCUAACGGCCUGGCCAGGCUCUGGGGCAACCACAAGAACAGGACCAACAUGACGUACGAGAAGAUGUCGCGAGCACUGAGACACUACUACAAACUCAACAUUAUCAGGAAAGAGCCUGGACAAAGACUUCUAUUCAGGUUUAUGAAAACCCCUGACGAGAUAAUGAACGGACAGACGGACCGCCUGGAGCACCUUGAGACGGACUCAUAUGAACAAAUCUACAUCAAGGAGGAAUCCUGAGGAACUCUGGGAAAAGGAGUCCAUGGACUACUUACUACUACAGCCGCUGAUGCCUUUCAGAAGCAGCUUGAAGAAUCAAUGUUUAAUCCAGAACGCGCGGACGUUCAGUCAUAUCAGUCCAACACGGGAGAGGGAAAUUAAACCCCAUCUCUAACUCUUUUUGCCUUCGGACGAUAUUAUCUUGAAGUAAAAAGAAAGUUUCGAUUUUUCCGACGGACGGAGCUGAAAGGACUUUUUAACUGUUUCCCUUUUAUUCCUGAGCUGCAAAAGCCAAUCACUUUGUGCUUAAUGUCACUUUUCUGAUUUUUCCCCCCCGUGUCCUCACAUGCAUUAUUGGAAUUUUGCUGUUUGUAAAAACAAAAAAGAAAAUUGGAUGUAUACAUGUGAUAGGAAUGUUUUCACCAUGGAAUAAACAUUUUUGAUCAAACUGUA